GACGUAAUAUAGGUUCUCGUGGUUUCCAAAAUUUCCAAUUUUUCAAUUCUCACACUUUAGUGCUUCUUCUUCUUCUUUUUACCAUUCUUCUCUUCUCUACCCUUCCCACUACCAAAACAGAACGAAAGAAGCUUCUAGAAUUACCAUUUUUAGAACUCUCUUCUCCCACAAAGUAACCGCUUUCUUCUAUUUAUUGCAGAUGGCACCUCCGCCGGGAGAUCUUAACUGUGAUGUGAGCACCACCGCGGACACACAUAGAGCAAUACCGACGCCCUUCUUGACUAAGACUUAUCAACUAGUGGAAGAUCCAGCUAUUGACGAUGUCAUAUCUUGGAACGACGACGGAUCUACUUUCGUUGUCUGGAAUCCUACUGUUUUCGCUAGAGAUUUGCUUCCUAUGUAUUUCAAACAUAACAACUUCUCCAGCUUUGUUCGUCAACUUAAUACUUACGGAUUCAGAAAGGUUGUGCCUGAUCGUUGGGAAUUCUCCAACGACUGCUUUCGCAGAGAUGAGAAGAAACUGUUAGGUGACAUUCAUCGAAGGAAAAUUCAUUCUCAAGCAGCAGCUGCAGCAACAACAACAGCACCAGCUGUGGUACCAGUCACGCCAGCGGCGAAGGAGACGGCAUCUCCAUCAGCGCCUGUAGCUGCUGUUGCAGCUCCAACGGUGAAACCGAUAGUAUCAACGUCGAGUUCUGGUGAGGAACAGGUGAUCUCAGCAAACUCAUCAUCGCAGUCAGGAUUCAGUGGACAAGCGGAGGUUUUUGAUGAGAACGAUAGAUUAAAGAAAGAGAACAUUCAGCUUUCCAAAGAAUUAACAGAAAUGAAGAGCCUCUGUACCAAUAUUUUCUCUCUUGUAUCUGGUUACGGUGCUAAUGAAGGAGAAGGUUUACCGCCGACGAUGCCGCCGGAUUUAAUAUCCUUUCACCAAUUAUCCGGCGAGGGAGAGGAGACGGAGAACAGCGCGAGGCUGUUCGGUGUAACUAUCGGCAUGAAGAGAGGGAGGGAGAGCGAAGAUAGUAGAGAGAAUGAGACGCAGCUGCAUCUGCAACAGCCAGGUGGCAGUAAUAGUAAUACGGUGAGAGCAGAGUCGUUAGAUCGUAUGGGAGGUGGAGUCAACGGUGAUGAUCAUUAUGUUGAUGAUGAGGAGUCAACAGGGCAUAGAAGUGGGAGUCGGAGAUAAUGGAGGGAGAGGUAUGUGGGUAAUUUAAAAGGAUAAUGAUAAUGUAAAGUGUAGUAUAGUAUAGUUAGCGAAGUAGUGGAUCAGAAAGCAAAUUUUGGGGCGAGGAUAGGCACGUGCCAUAAAUAAAGUCAUGUGCUUUGUGAAGCUUUCGGACCCUACUUUCUUACAACUUUAUUAGGAUACUUUUUUUAAGUGUAUUUCACUCCUGAAAAAUCGACCAGGAGUGUUUCAAAUCUAACAAUAAUGAUUGAAGUAGUAA